GUCCGUGUCGUCUGUGGUCAGUGGUUUGGAGUAGAUUUUCCCGACUCACUCUUACCCUCCUCCAAGGCCUUUUGCUUUUGCUCCAAUCUGAAGCUGUUAAGGCCCCAUGUGACCUAUAAAUUUCACAUGUUCCUUUUCAGAAACCUGCUUUCUUAUUCACCUUGAUCUUCUUCACCAACCCAGCCUAAAACGACCUCACAUACUUCCAUUUCUCCACGUUUGAAUCAAAUCUCACCAAACUAGAAGGAUCUGGGACUCCUUUUUGAUCGUUUGUGUACCUUAAGGUGAUGGCCACUUCUCUCACGAUCUUACUUGCUAUUGUUUUUCUCCUUUCAACCCCAGUUACAUCCCAGGUGGAUGAGAUCUUCUAUGGUGGAUUCAGUGAUGUUGGUGCCAACCUAACCAAAACCGGAGUUGCAGAGAUUGACAAGGAUGGUAUUCUUCGAUUGACAAACGAGACCAGUAGAUUAAUGGGUCAUGCUUUUCACUCCUUUCCUCUUCAGUUCAAGAACUCCACCAAUGGAACCGCUUUCUCUUUCUCUACCUCCUUCGCUUUCGCCAUCGUUCCCGAGUAUCCCAAGCUUGGCGGCCAUGGCUUCGCUUUCGCAAUUUCGCCAUCUAAGGAGCUAAGAGGCGCUCUUCCCAGUCAAUAUCUGGGACUCCUUAAUGCUAGUGAUAUUGGCAACUUUUCUAACCACCUCUUCGCCGUCGAAUUCGACACAGUUAAGGACUUUGAGUUUGAAGACAUCAACGACAACCACGUUGGCAUCGACAUCGACAGCUUGGAGUCCAACGCCUCUUCCCCCGCAGCCUAUUACACGGAUGAUUCUACGCAACAAAGCAUUAAUCUCCAGAGUGGGAACACGAUUCAGGCAUGGAUUGAUUAUGAUUCAGUAGGCAAUGUUCUCAAUGUGACGCUCUCGCCUUCUUCUUCCAAACCCAAAUUGCCAAUUUUGUCUUUCCCCUUGGAUCUUUCGCCAAUUCUCCAAGAAUUCAUGUAUGUUGGCUUCUCUGCCUCUACUGGUUUACUUGCCAGCUCACAUUACGUCUUCGGAUGGAGCUUCAAGAUGAACGGAGUCGCUCGAAGCCUCGAUCUAUCUUCCCUACCAUCCCUUCCCGAACCUAAGGAGAGGCAUACUGCUCUAACAAUAGGCCUUUCGGUUUCAUCAGUGGUACUAGUUAUAUCUGCAGUCUCUAUUAUCAUUUACAUGAUUAGGAAAAUCAGGAACGCAGAUGUCAUCGAGGCAUGGGAGCUCGAUAUUGGCCCUCAUAGAUUCUCCUACCAAGAACUCAAGAAAGCCACCAAAGGAUUCAGAGACAAGGAGCUACUUGGGCAUGGCGGAUUCGGCCGAGUUUACAGAGGAACGUUGCCUAAUUCCCAGACCCAAAUUGCUGUCAAGCGAAUUUCACAUGACUCCAAACAGGGCAUGCGUGAAUUCGUAUCCGAAAUCGCUAGCAUAGGUCGACUUCGCCAUCGCAAUCUGGUUCAGCUUCUGGGUUGGUGCCGCAGGUACGGAAACCUCAUGCUCGUGUACGAUUUCAUGGAAAAUGGCAGCUUAGAUAAAUUCCUUUUUGAUGAACCCAAAUUGAUUCUUAGUUGGGAACAGAGAUUCAAUAUCAUAAAGGGCGUUGCUUCCGGACUUCUAUAUUUACACGAAGGUUACGAACAAGUGGUUAUUCAUAGAGACAUUAAGGCCAGUAACGUCUUACUAGACAACGAACUGAAUGGUCGAGUCGGCGACUUCGGACUUGCAAGAUUAUACGAACAUGGCUCCAACCCAGGCACCACUAGGGUGGUGGGCACACUGGGCUAUCUCGCACCAGAGCUCUCAAGAACAGGGAAGGCCACAACCAACUCCGAUGUGUUUGCGUUUGGUGCUCUACUGCUUGAGGUAACAUGUGGACGCAGACCCAUUGAGGCUAAAGCUCUGCCUGAAGAGCUGGUUUUGGUGGAUUGGGUGUGGGACAAGUGGACAGAAGGGAGGAUUCUUGAAGCUGUGGACUCCACAUUAACUGGCCAAUACGACGAGGGCGAGGUGGUGAUGGUCUUGAAAUUAGGGUUGUUGUGUUCCAGCUAUUCACCCACCGCACGUCCCAGCAUGAGGCAGGUGGUGAGAUAUCUAGAGGGAGAGGUUGAGGUGCCGGCGGUCUUGAACCCCCCCUGUGCAUAUGAUGGAGGGAAAGAUGAUAGCCCAGGAUUCAACGAUUUUGUACAUUCCUAUGUCUCAUCUUCCUAUGAGAAGGGGAGUAGUUGCUCCGUGGACAAUGAAAAUGUUAAUGCUGGCUUUGCUUCUGUUAAUGCUUCCCCCCUUUCCCUUCUCAAUGGAAGGGGGACAACAGGAGGUAGCCUUGGCUCUUCUUUUUGAGCACAAGUUCUUCUUCCAGGAAACAGAGGGUUCAUCAUGUUUUUGCUUUCCUUUUCCUUUUCUAUUUCCCACUCCAGAUCAGAUCAUGAGAUGGCCAUUACAAAUGUUACACAGUUUUCUUUUCCUUUUGUGUGUAAAUAAGUGAGCUAGGAAAAUUAGUUGGACUUAAACUGAAUUCUGAAUUCUUCUGUCUUGUUUCAUUUACAUUCUGGAAUGGGCACAGCUUCUUGUUCAUGCAAAA